UCCAUGGCGGCGACGCGGCGCUGAUGCUCUGCAGCCAUGGUGGGCGAUGGCGAUGGCGAUGGCGAUGGCGACGGAGGCCAGGAGAACGAGUGACGAGGAGCGAUUCUCUACGGGAGACGAGCGGCCGCGCUGGCCAGCUCGGAGGGUUGAAGACUCUCUAUUACUGGGCGCAGGGAGAGAGCAGCGGUCCUAACAUGGCGGGGAAUGGUAUGGCGACAGCCGGUAGGUAGGGAGGGAGCGAGGAGAGAGGGAGCAGCGGCAGCGCAGUGACGGCUCACGAUGCGUCUGUUGUUUUGUCUCGUCUUGUCUCGUCUCGUGCUGGGCUGGGCCGGGUCGAGCGCUCUGCCACUGUGUUUGUCCGUCUCUAAGCGCGCGACGGAUUCGGUGCCGGGUGCGGAUGCGGUUUGGAGAUGCGAGGCGGAAAAAAUAAAAAGAGAAAAUUAAAGACGCAGGUGCU